ACUCAACUGGCAUAUCUCGCCGAGAAUCGCUAAGCGGAAUAACCUGGCUAAAAAUUAUUUAAAAAAAAAGGAACAGUAGAAAAAUCAUCUUAUCGCUUAAAAAGUUGAUUUGUUUUCUAGAGUACAACAAUUUCUACAGAAAGAGGAAGAUAAAGAUCAAAAGAGAAUAGCGAAGAAAGAAGGAAAGAAAGGAGGAUUAUAAAGAAUAAAUUACAAUUAGGAAGAUAGAAUAAUAUUAAAAUUAUGAUGAAAUACUUUAAAUAUCUUCUAUUAGCGUUUAUGUGCAUCAGUGUCACUAGCUGCGAAGAUGAAGUAAUAUUCAAGAACGUCCAUCAAGGAGAAAUACAUGAAAAAGUUAUAAUUGUAAGGAAACAAAAAGAGCUUAUGGCUUUGCCGGAUGAUUGCAGAUUUGAUAUGUGCCAAGAAACGUCAUCUACUGUCGUCGUGGGUGGUCUCGUGGUUAAUUGGACCUGGCCUAGAACAUCAGGAGGAUAUAGAGUUAGUGUUAAAUGUCCGAAUUCAGUAAACAUUGGUACACCUCCCUUUGAUAAUCUUCAAUAUGGCAAUAGAACGUGCCUUAUGAAUAAUACAGCAUUCUUAUGGAGUGACAUUGAGGAUUAUAGCGAGUGCCCCGUUUCAUCUAUCUUUGAGAGGGCUCGUAUUUAUUAUUCUAAAGAAGAUUUCCGAACAACCCCGAAAAGUUUAAGUGCUAUACACACCUUAGACAAGUUAUGUUCCAUUUUUCGAGAAAACCCUAUGCAUAAGAAAGACAUUGUAGCUUUAUGUAGUAUAUAUAAAGAUUUAUCAGAUUACGAUAGCUGGAUUAAUUUCGACGAUGCUAGAUACAAAUAUUUAAAGAUUUUUGAUUCGUUUAACAUCGGUUAUAGUUCUGAUCGUAAUGAAGAUGCCGAUAGUUCCCUAGUACAGAAUAUGGAGGCAGAUAAAAUAGAUAAAUACGACACUUUAUUAAGGCUCUUCGAAUCUCUUAUCAAGUUUGUAAAAUCGGUUGCCAAGUUAAAGGAAGAUAUAACAGUAAAAGCAAAUAGAACUUGGAUAAUACACAAAACUGGUACAAAUCAAGCAGAGAGCUCAGAUAUAAGUUCCACUGUUGCUCUAUCUAAUCUAUUCGACAAAAAUCAAAUUGAUGCAAUUCCUAACUGCUCAUUAACAACUGCGAUAUUUACAUCACCAGUUUUUUAUAAAUCAGCUGGAUUGCUUAUACCAGAGAUUGUACCGGCUAUAUUUGCUAAAAAAGGAGAUGAAUGCUUAUCCGAACAAAGGAAAUUACGACUUGAAUAUAAGAUUUUUAUUAAAAAGAGUAACGAGUCAUUUGUGUCGAGGUGCUCAACGAUAAAGUUAAAGAAUAAUCGGGCAGUCAGAUCCAAACCUGGUUUAUGCGAUUCCGAUAAAGCUAUAUGGAAAAAUGAACUAGGAGGAUAUUACGAACACGUUUGCUAUUGUGAAUUGAAUACGGAAGGAUCCUAUUUCGCAUUAGAAAUGAGCGAAAUUGAAGGAAAGUUUAUUAGACCUACAGAUGUUCCGGGUACAGAUCAUAGAAGCGGAUCUUUAUCAUCAGUUUUCAGAUUCCCUUAUUCGGAUGGUUUAUAUUAUUUCGAAUUGGCUACUAGAAUUAUAUCAAUAGCCUGUUUAUUAGCAACUUUAGCAACAUUCGCUUUAUUUAAGAAAUUAAGGCAAAGUACGCCUGCAAAAAUUCUUAUUUGUCUAUGUAUAUCCCUCGUUCUUUUGAGCUCAGUCAUGUUUAUUAGCGAAGGUCUUGUCGGAGUUGGUUUUGGGGUUGGAUGUUUAAUAGCGAACGCUUUGAGAUUGUAUGCAGUAUUGUCGUCCUUACUUUGGAAUGGGGCUGAGGGCAUUAAUAUGUACCUUAUGCUUGUCCAAGUGUUUGAUGUUCAUGUACGAUAUUACGUUCUCAAAGCAGGACUAGUUGCUUGGGGUCUUCCAAUUAUAAUUAUUGGUAUAAUAAACGCAUUUUCAAAGAUGUCUCCAGUAGGUGAAUGGAGAAAUUGCGUAUUCUAUUGUACCUUAUCCAAAACUACUCUCUACUUUGGUCUUUUUUUACCUAUGGCCAUAAUAAUCAUGAUCAACUUAAUCAUCUACGUAAAAGUUGCUAAAGUAUUGAGAGAGCACGCUAAAUUACGUAAAACCAAAACUAGCGAGACUCGUAGUGAAAGAAAAGAGAAAGUUAUGCGAUUUCUUGGUGAUGUCGCCAUGUUAUUUCUCUUAGGAAUACCUUGGGUAUUUAGCGCUUUCGGCUCUAUAGAUUCAACUGGAAUGCCAAAUUUAGAGUUUAUGGAAGGAAUAUUUAACAUCUUCUAUAUAUUACUGUUGAAUUUACAAGGCCUCUUUAUAUUCAUCUUUCAUUGUUUACGAGUACCAGAGGUAAGAAAUUCCUGGACAAGCUUAUUUUCGAGUACAUCAAGCGGUGGAAGAGAUACAAGAUUAUCGAAAAUAUCUUUGUCAAGAUUAAAGCAUAAAAGACAGAGUGAGGAUAAAAUUCCCAAGAUAUAA